AUGGCCAAUGACAUCUUUAAUCUCUUCUUAAUAGAACCAACUCCAACUAAACAAGAAAAUUGGACCCCUACGAUAUUUUGUAUCACUGUUGUUGUUCAAGUAUUUGCUAUUAUAUAUAGUUUGGCAUUUUUGUAUUGGAGUGAUCCAGCUAACUUAGUUUCGGCUAAUAAUCCGUACUUAACUGGGAUUUGGAAUACUUUACUUGCCAUGGUUUUAGGGAUGGGGAUAGCGAUAGCCAUUUUCUUCCACAAGAAUUGGACUUCUGAGGAUUCUGAGGCUGAUAAGACUGAUAAGAAAUCAAUUGUAGCAUUGAUAACAAUUUCUAUCAUUAUGGCCAUUGCCAUUGCUUUAGCAUUUUUCCAACUAACUACUCUCUUCCCAGUACUGGAGGGGAAACCAACCAAUUAUUGUACAGUUCUUGGUGUUUGCGGCCUACUUAGCUCCCUUCCAUAUGGCAUCUCUUGGAUAUAUAAACAACUCUCCCCUUCUCACAGUCCGUCCAAUUCAACAUCAAAAACCCCAUCUGAAUCAAAAUCUAAGCACAAAUCCAAGAAAGACUACACGAAUGUUCAAUAUAUAGCUUUUGGUAUCCUAGCUGCCAUUGCAAUUAGCAUGAUAGCUAUAGCUUUUGUACAUUAUGUAACUCUAAUCACUAGCACUCCUCUGAAUCAAGGCACCCCUAAUUUACCUUCCAAUGGUGCCCAAUAA